AUGUACUCAGCCAAGCAAGUCGCUCUGGCUGCCCUCGUGGCCGGUGCCCAGGCCGCCGUCGAGCCCAUCGUCGCAAAGGGCCAGCACUUCUUCUACAAGAACGGCACCCAGUUCUACAUCAAGGGUGUUGCGUACCAGCAGGACACUGGCUCUUCAGAGGCCGCCAAGCGCUCCACCUCGAGCUCUGACUACAUCGACCCCCUGUCCGACGAGACCCUCUGCAAGCGAGAUGUCCCCGUCUUGGCUGCUGCCGGCACCAACGUGAUCCGCACCUACGCCAUCGACCCCACCGCCGACCACGACGCCUGCAUGACGCUGCUCGCCGACGCCGGCAUCUACGUCAUCUCCGACCUGUCCUCGCCCGACGAGGCCAUCAUCCGUAGCGACCCCGAGUGGAGCACCGCUCUGUACAGCCGCUACACCUCGGUCGUUGACGCCCUGGCCAAGUACGACAACACCAUCGGCUUCUUCGCCGGUAACGAGGUCUCCAACAACAAGAGCAACACCGAUGCCUCGGCUUUCGUCAAGGCUGCCGUUCGUGACACCAAGGCCUACAUCAACUCGACCCAGGACCGCUGGCUCGGUGUUGGUUACGCCGCCAACGACGAUGCCACCAUCCGCAACAACAUGGCCGAGUACUUCAACUGCGGUGAGAGCUCCGAGUCCAUCGACUUCUGGGGCUACAACAUCUACGAGUGGUGCGGUGACAGCACCUUUGAGAAGUCCGGCUACUCCGAGGUCGUCUCCUUCUUCUCCAACUACUCCAUCCCCGUCUUCUUCGCCGAGUACGGUUGCAACACCGUCGAUGGCGGUGCUGGCCGUACCUUCCAGGAGACCACUGAGCUUUACUCUGAUGACAUGACUGAGGUCAUUGCCGGCGGUAUCGUCUACAUGUACUUCGAGGAGGCCAAUGACUAUGGUCUGGUCAGCGUUGUCGACAGCUCUAGCGUCAAGGAAUUCAAGGCCUACUCUUCCCUGAGCUCCCGCAUCGCCGCUGCCACCCCCAGCUCCGUCUCCAUGGAUGCCUACAGCCCCACCAACUCGGCCGCUGCUUGCCCUGCUAUCGGUGCUUCUUGGGCUGCCGCCUCUGCUCUGCCCCCGACUCCCGACUCUGAUCUCUGCGAGUGCAUGUUCAACUCCAUCUCCUGCGCCCCUGCCUCCAGCCUGGACACGGACGACUACGGUGAGGUCUUCAGCUACAUUUGUGGUGCGGACCCUGACUCGUGCGCUGGUGUGAACGGCAACGCCACCACCGGUGUCUUCGGCGCCUACUCCAUGUGCAACUCCACCCAGAAGCUCGGAUACGUCCUCGACACCUACUACAAGGCCCAGAAGUCUGCUUCUGACGCCUGCGAUUUCGAUGGUAAGGCUGUUACCCAGUCCGGCGCCUCUGCCACCGGAGACUGCAAGUCCAAGCUCGCCAGCGCCAGCUCCGCCAACGCCGUUGCUGCCACCGCCACCGCCGGUACCGGCUCCUCCAGCUCCUCCAAGUCCUCCAGCAGCUCCUCCAGCAGCUCCCUGGCCACCCCUCUGCACAUGAAGAGCUUCUUCAGCAUCGGUGACAUGGCUGUUGGUCUGUGGGCUGUCAUGGCCAUGGGUGCCGGUGCUGCCGUCUUUGCUCUGUAA